UCAUCUAAUCGCUGAUUUUAGCAAGUUGCAUGGGAUUGGCUAAAUUGACUAUUCUUUUAGGAUGAGUGAGCAGAUUGCAACCAGUCUAUUUGAAUAUUAGUUAAUCCUGCACCCUCUGACUAACUUCAGAGUGUCGACAUUCUGUCCGUGAGAAGACACGCAAACCCGGGGCAUGAAACUCUGAGCAGCGUUUGGUCCCUAAUGAACGUGUAACUGAAGAUUAAGGAAUCAAAUAUAAAUCAAAACUCUAAAUUAAGUCAUAGAUGAUGAAUGUGAUCCUUUCUUACAAUUUGAAAUAGUCUACAUUGUAUGAUCACUUAAAAUUGGAUUCAGAUUAAAUUCGGAGCUAAAAAAUGAAUAUAAAUAAAUUUUAAUAAAUAACAAAAUUCUUUUCAGAAGCACUAAAAAGGGCUUACAUGCAUUUAACCUAGUUUCAUCAUUGGGCUAAUAGAUGGACUUCUACACUUUCAAAUCUGUGUCUUAUCAAUAUGAUCAAAAUUACUUUGAUCAAUUAUGUAAGAAACUCUGAAAACUGGACUGAUACAGUUUCAAUUUACUAUAACUUCUAUGUCAAGCGGUUUUGACACAAUUUACCUUGUAAUAGCACUAGAUAAAUAAAGAUGAAUUGAAUUGAAUCUGCUCAAAUGUGUACAUGUUAAUGGACCGAACUAAAUCUGAUCUGAUUUAUUUUACAUUUAAUUUGCAUAAAAAUUACAAUGUGUGUAGCCAAUGUUUCCUGUGUCUUUUCAAUUUUCAGCUUUUGAUGAGUUUUUAAGACUUAAUGAAAACUAAUGUUUUAUUUCUUUAUUUCAGACCUAAUUGAAGAGAAUGUGGGGAGUAAAGAGGAGGAACAUCAUGUCAAAAUUGAGGAAAAAACUCAUUUACAGACUGAUGGUAUUUUGAAAAGGAGAGACAAGAAUCGUUUCACCUGCACCUGCACUCAGUGUGGAAAGAGUUUUGAAAGAAAAGGCAAUCUUACGAUUCACAUGAAGAUCCACACUGGAGAGAAACCAUUCACAUGCACUCGGUGUGGGAAGAGUUUCAGCCAAUCAUCAUACCUUAAUCAACACGUGAAAAUCCACACUGGAGAGAAACCAUUCACAUGCACUCAGUGUAGGAAGAGUUUCCUCCGCUCAUCAUCCCUUUAUCUACAUUUGAUGACCCACACUGGAGAGAAACCAUUCACAUGCACUCAGUGUGGAAAGCGUUUCAGCCAGUCUUCAAACCUUAAUAAACAUAUGAUGAUCCACACUGGAGAUAAACCUUUCACAUGCACUCAGUGUGGGAAUUGUUUCAUCCGCUCAUCCCACCUUAAUCAACACAUGAGGAUACACACUGGAGAGAAACCAUUCACAUGCACUCAGUGUGGGAAGCGUUUCAUCCGCUCAUCACACCUUAAUAAACACAUGAGGAUACACACUGGAGAGAAACCAUUCACAUGCACUCAGUGUGGGAAGAGUUUUAACUGCUCAUCACACCUUAAAGAACACAUUAGGGUCCACACUGGGGAGAAACCAUUCACAUGCACUCAGUGUGGGAAGAGUUUCAGCCGAUCAUCAUCCCUUAAUCUACACAUGAGGAUCCAGUGGAGAGAAACCAUUCACUUGCACUUAAGCUGCAGACACACUGGACUUUUCCUCCCAUAGACUUCCAUUCAUGCGCACACGAAAGCAUCAGAUUGGAAACGCAAGUUCAUGCAUCAAGUUUUGCAGUUCACUGCCUUGCAAAGUUCAAGCUUGGUGAACUCUGACCUGCGAAAUUGAAUCACUUGACUGUGUGAGACCAAUCAAAGAUCAAAACAUGAUCUCUCUGGACAGCAAUUUAAAUUAUGGACCAAUCACUCAUUUUUUAUUGUCUAAUCAUCUUGUUUAAUCCCGCCCCUUUUCGCAGUGCCGUACAACAGAAUUCGGUGCUUCGGUGUGGGAUGAGUUUUAGCAACUCCUCAGACCUUAAUAAACACAUGAAGACCCACACUGGAGAGAAACCUUUCACAUGCACUCAGUGUGGGAAGAGUUUCAACCGAUCAGCAAACCGUAAUGAACAAAUGAAGAUCCACACUGGUGUGAGAGUAUAUGUGCUGGAGUGUGAGAAGACUUUUAUUACAGCUCCAAAACUGAAACCGCACCAGACGAUUCACACUGGAGAGAAACCGUACAGAUCUGAUCAGUGUCUACAGAGUUUCACUCAUUCGGCGCAGCUUAAGAAACACAUGGACAAUAAGUUGCACACAUGACAUAAAUGCAGCAAAACAUUUUCUCAUGUGCACAGGAGAUUUCAUGUCUGAAUAAAGUUUGAAAAGGCGUAGUGAUGGUAUACUGUUUUCCAACACUCCUACACUGCAGUAGGUGGGGUUGUAAAUGUGUUGCGCUCCUCGCGUUUACUGUAAACACAAUGAUGGCGGCUGAGUGAAAAACAGUUUCAUAAACCUCUGGCAAACAGCACCUCUGCGGCCUAAAAUCUCUUUGCAAGUGAUUGUACAGGUGCAGAUACAUAUGUACUCUACUCUCCAGUGUAUUCAUGUAGCUAGUGUUGUUUUGGAUGAUGUUCUCUGUCUGACUCCCUUCAAGUUUAGAAAGCUCAUUCAAUUGUCCUGUCUUGCAUAUUUUAUUAGUAAAGUUUCUUUACUUUUAGGUUCAAGAUUCUUUCUACUUUACUACAUUUACUUUUUUGAGUAGAAUACAAACUUGAUGAAUAUUUUAUGAUUUAGGCAGAGCGACAGGUGUUAAGUUUUACAAUAUUAAUACACUGUGAUGAUCCCAAGACUCCAGAUUGGAGUAUGUGGUAAAUUUUGAUUGGAUGCCUGCAUUACUCCUCAAUGGGUAUAUAAAAGUUGUUGUGCUAGUGAAGGAUAGCAUUUUUUAUUGUUAGGCUUUGUUAACAUUUACUAAUAAAUACAGACAUAAAGGGGUUUCUUUUUCUGAGGAGUUAAAUGCCAUAUGUGCAUAAGAGAAGAGUUGAUGGGCUGCUCUCGGCAACCUGCCUGUUAUUGAGCAUGGGUGUAUGUAAAAUGCAGAGAGCUCUGAAAUGUAUGAACUGUGUGUUCGUGCUCUGAAACAUUUGCCUAGUCGACGGUCAAGGCCAACUGUCAAGAGAAGAUACCAAAAAAGGAACAUUUGGUUGCUGAAUGGUCACACUGCCAAGAUGACAUCAUAUAAGUCAAUAAUGUUGAGAUUAGAUAGUGUGUGAAAGUCAUUAUAAAACAUGAAGGAGAGCCCAAAAGAGAGCAGAGCUGAACUGAAAUUACAUCUCUUCUCCGCAGAACUGGUACUCUCCAAAAUAAAACUUCUUAAUUUUCAGCUCAGGUCUCAGGACCAUUUGAGUCCAAUAAUUGGUGACCCGACGACGUGAUAGACUGGAGACUGUCAAAUAGAUGAACGUUUAUUUCUGAUGCCAAAUCCAGAGGCGCCUCUCUAAAGAAAGGUAAGCAGAAACCUUUUUCUAAAAUUCUGCUAUUGAAUAUUCUAAAUAAGUGGAUUUUGGCAUCGGUAAUACGACUGUUCAUUUCUUUGAUACAUUUGAAUUGAAUGCAGGACUGCAUAAAUUAAAACUUAACUAAAAUAGUGUUGAAUAAAAAAAAAGAGAAGAAUGAAUUGUGAUAAGUUGUGAUAGAGAAAGAUAGGGUGAAUCAUUAGAUUUACGGAGAAGUCCUGUUCCCUAAAUAGGCAAAUAAAUUGGAAAUUGUCUGUCUUGACGAAGUCAUUCAUAUUUCCAAUUAUCAGGGUGAAUACAUAAGUAUUUAAAGGAGAAGCCCUUUUCCCUGAGGAGGAAAAACCCUUGAAAAUCCCUCUUAUUCUGACGAGAGUUUGAUAUUUUCAAGUAAAUUUCUCAAGGAUAGCAGGUUUAGUGAAUUGAGAAAUAGGGAGAGUGUAGGGAUAAAAUAACACAAUAAACAAAAUGGAAGGAGAAUUUGAUAUAGAAUGUGAGGAAUAUGAUUGUCCUCCUUUAAGACAACAAUGGGAUAAAAUGGUAGAGAUCUUAGUAGCACAAACGGAUCAAAAAAGAUAGGAAAAAACGGAUAAAAGAACUGGGAGAAUGUACACGCGAAAUUAUUGAACAUUAUGGUACUGAUUGUAUGGACAAAAAGGGAUCUCUGUUUCAGAAAGUGGGAAUAAAAGAGAAAACAGCACAGGAAGCUGUUUUAAGACACAGAAACGAGGAAGUAGGGCUGUUGAACAAGCAAGCCAAUGAAAAGAAAGAAAAAGAGGGAAAUAGUGAGUUGGACGAACAUAGUAAGAGACAAAGUGAAGUAGAUGAAGAGAGCGACAGAGGAAGUGGGACAGAUGAGGAAGAGACAGAAGGACAGUGUAAAGAAGAUGAAAGACAACAAAGUGUAUCAGAGCGAACAUUGGGAUGGUAAAAAAGGAGCAGCAUACAUAAAUAGAUGCUGUCAAAGACUGAGAAGAAGCACGUGAUAAAAACCCAAUGUCUAACCCUGUUACUAAUAGAAUUUUCAGGGCAGCAGUGUUACAAGGAGCUCCUGCUGGUGUGACCCAGACCAUGGAACAGUCUCAUGAGGUACCAGGCAGUGAUGAUGGAAAAGGUAUGUAGACAAAGCAGUAGAGAGAGCGGACAGAGAAGGAAGUGAGUUGUUAAAGAAAAAAAAAGAGAAUUUUGAAACUAUAGCUUGAGAAAGGGAAGUUAGCUAAAAACAGACGCCUCAGCAACAGAUUGGCAGUUGCUAGAGAGGGCCGGAUGGCCUCCCCAUUUCCUGAAGCAGACAACCCAAUCACACUAUUUACGUAGGUGAUGGAACAUUAAAGGCAGGCUUUGCUGUGGUUAAAUUACAGAAUGAUCAAUUAGUCACCAUAAAAUCUGAACCCCUAAUUGGCAAACAAUCUGCACAAAAAGCAGAACUAUUGGCCCUAAUCAAUGCAUUGAGACACUCAAAAGUACAGGCUGUCAACUACUCUGAUUCUGCAUAUGCAGUGUCCACGGCCCACGUGGAGCUGCCUGUGUGGAUCAGAUGUGGAUUCACAACUUCUUCUGGCCGGCCUAUUACUCAUGAGAAAGAAGCAAGAGAGCUCUCUGAAGCCAUAAUGUUGCCAGACAAAGUGGCUAUUAUUAAGUGCACUGGUCAUUCUCAAGGAACUGACCUAAUAUCAAAAGGGAAUAAAGCAGCAGACUUGGCGGCGAAACGUGCCUCAGACUACAUAAAAGGCCAGUUUGUGGUCACAUCUGAGCCAGACGUGAUAUCCCUCCCACCAGAAUUCUCAAGAGAAUUCUUAUCUGAGCAGCAAGACAUGGCUGCUCCUGAGGAAAAGUCUGUGUGGAAAAAUAAAGGGGCAAUCAGACACGAGGAUGGGCUUUGGACAGUACCUGAUGGUAGAGCUUUGCUCCCAGCGUCACUAGUCCCAAGCGUGUUGAAAGAAGCCCACACACAUGCACACUGUGGUGAUAAGCAAAUGUCACGAGCAUUGCAAUCAUGGUGGCAUUCUUUUAUGCCACACCUAAUUUCUGGGUACAUAACGACAUGGGACAUCUGUCAGAUGCACAAUGUCAAACUAACUAUGAAACUACCUCAGGGAUCGUUCCCAUAGGCAAAUGGCCCUGGGGAAGAAGUUAUAAUUGAUUUCACUGACAUGAUUGAAAAGGUAAAUGGUAAAUGAUACUUGCUUGUUAUGAUUGAUGCAUAUACUGGAUGGCCAGAGGCCUUCCCGGUGGGCAAGGAAGACAGCACUGCUGUCAUUAAAUGUCUGAUAAACCCUUACAUCCCACGUCAUGGUUUUCCGAGCCGGGUCAGAUCUGACAACGGCUCACACUUUAAAAAUGAACAUCUGGCUGAUGUGGAAAAGGCAUUGGGUUUAGUACACCAUUUCGGGGCAGUCUAUCACCCACAGUCACAAGGUAAGGUUGAGCGGUUGAAUCUAACAUUGAAAAACAAAUUGGCUAAAAUCUGUGCACAGACUAAAUUGACAUGGUUGGCUGCUCUUCCACUGGCUUUGAUGUCAGUAAGGAGCUCUGUGAGUAGGGCAACAGGAUACACGCCCUUUGAACUGUUGACUGGUCGCCAAUUUCCUGGCCCAUUGACCCCACUACAAUUGGAACCAGUACAACCGUUAUCACACAAAAUUUACUAUGACAAAUUGACUGCUCUAAUUGAAUCUUUUGACAAAAUGUUACCAACUGAUUUUAGGGGACAUAAAUAUCCAGCACCCCUACCUGACCGAACUUAGGACUGGGUGAGGUUGAGAAUCUACAGGCGUAAAUGGAAAGACCCUCGCUGAUCUGCUCCAAUUAAGGUAAUUGCACGCACCUCUCACUGUGUUCGUCUUGCAGGAAAAGGUGACACUUGGUACCAUCUGAGCCAGUGCUGUCCGGCGGACCCACCGUCCAGAUCGUUGGACGACACCAGAGUGGACCUUGCUUCGCAGGUCCAAGAGAGGGAGGAUACCACAGGAGGUGCAGGAGGGAGUGAGGGUACCACAAAAGGAGGUGACACACAAACACAUACAUACGAUAAAAGUUUUCAUCCAUCACAAAGUAACCUACAAACCUUGCAGGUGGUCCACAAAACUGGGGAUUUAUUCACAGCCCCUAAAGGAGAAGCUGUAGCCCAUUGUGUCAGUGCAGACUGUGCAUUUGGAGCGGGCAUAGCGAAAAAUUCAGAGAACGAUAUGGGGUUGACAAGGUAAAGGCCCAGAGGAAAACGAAAGGUGACUGUGCUAUAACUCACGAGGCAGACAGAAUAGUUUUCCACCUGAUCACAAAAACACUUGAUAGAGACCUACCCACAUAUGAGGACUUUGAGAGCAGUCUAAUCUGCAUGAGCACGUGGUGUGACAAAUUACACAUCACCAGUUUGUCAAUACCCUGGCUGGGUUGUGGUUUGGACAAGUUGGAAUUCUAUAGAGUUCUCCACAUUAUUGAAAAGACGUUUAAAGGCCAGAAUAUAACCAUUUCAGUUUAUACGCUAGAAUAAGUUUACUGUGCUUGCUAUUUUUAUUGUAGCUUUGAUAUUGAUUAUAUAUUAUUUGCUGUUAACACAAUUAAACUGUGAAAAAUAAGAUAAAGGAAGGAUCAGAAUUGAAUAAUAAGGAAAACCAGCAUCAAUAAAACAUGAAGGUCAAGUUGUGGGAAAACUGGAAAAUAUUGGGGAUAGUGGGGAUAUUAACACUGAUAAUAGUGGGGACAAUUCUAGGAGUAGGAAAAAGUCAGAACAGGAAUGAAACCUCAACUGUAAAACCAACCAGAGUAAAAAGAUCCCUAGGGGAAGAAAACAGGUGUUCCAAGUAUUAUGGAGGGCUGUCCAUAAAAUAUGUAAAGGGAGAGACGACAUCUUACACAUUUGAUCUAUGUCAGGUAAUUGACUGUGGGGGACACAAUAGUUCGUGGCGAGGAUAUGACGUAUAUGUUUGUUUUGAUCAGACUAUGAAUGCAUGGUGUAACACGAAGGGUAAGGCAGAUAAUAAGUGGUGUAGAGGGUGGGAUCAAGUAGUGGGGUACACAGGGAAAUGGACGCCAAACCCAACAUGGUUAGGGAUUUUUAAAAAGGAGUGGAGACAACUGAAAAUACAAUGGGAUUAUAGUCCUACCCAGAACCCUAUUACUAUGUCCAUAGGGGAGUGGACAGGAUACCCCCUAGAUGAGACCCAUUAUGCUGGGAAAAACAAUCCGCCUAAGUUUCUUCAUAUACUAUUAGGAGUCGAGAUAUCAGGAACUGACCCCCUGGGAAUCAUAGAAGUUGAGUUUUUAGACAGGGUCAAUGUAAUAGAUAGAAACAAGACAACGACUAUAGGACCCCCAAUCAGAGAUCAUAGUAGAGAAAUUAAAGGUCGAAGGGUUGUAAUACAAAUGGAUUAUACCAAAUUAACCCCUGAGGAUAUACUAGAGAAAGCCACAGGAUACGGGGAGGACUAUAUUAUUACUGUGGAGGAAAAAGAUUGUUUGUAAGAAUAAAAGGGAAAACUACGGAAGGUAUAUGUGCAAUGGUUAGGUUGGCAGCACCAGUAACACUGAUUGACAAGAGACAUAAGGGAAGGAGUGGAAGUACAGCUAAAAGAAAAAGGGACGCAACGU